GUGGUAAGAACUGCGCCUCGCCCACAUGCGUCGCCGAUAAAACUUCUAAGUUUUGUUUACGACGUACUUUGCUAGAGACAAAAGUACAAAGAGAUUUAGAUCGCCUGUCCAGUUUUCCUAAACCUGCAGACCUGGCUGAAUUUAGUACCGGUACCGAGAAAAUUUUCAGCUUGGAAUCAUCUUAAUUUCUUGGCAGCUUCGCUUGUUAUGUCUCUAACUCAUUUGCAAGCAAACUAUAUUCAGUGGAUACCAGUCCAUGAACCCUGUGAGCAAACGUAAGCCUUGGUUCUUAAGCCAUGACCACAUCAACCAUUCAGAUAAGAAUGUACUAGAUGUCCAAGAACUUCUUUAUAAAAAAGAAGAAGAAUUAAAUAAAACCAGAGCAACUUUAGAUGGCAUUAGAGAGGAAAGAGAUCAUUUAAGAAGAAAGGUGCACAAUCUUCUCAAUGAGUUAAACCAACUAAAAGGUACAAAGAGAGAUGAUGGCAGGAAUAAUGGACAAGGAACAGCAAGUCCUUCUGGUAUUGCUGUAUCGAAAAAAGCUAAACGUGUCAAGUUGAAGAAAACACCAGUCAAAAAUUCCAAUGUUACUGAGGAUAUAGUAGGAAAGUUUCAUGGAAAAGACUUAGAUUCUGAAAAAUUAUCAUCACGAUUCACAGAACAACUAGUUCAAGAUUUUCGAACAAGUUCAAAUAUUCAAGAAAUAUUAAACGAUUCAACAAAUCCAUCAAUACAGAGCAAGUUUGAAAUUGAAUUAGAACGACUGAGUUGUUGCAAUGAUCAUCUAAAAUCGGAGAAUAAUUUACUUCGUUUGACUCUUCAAGAAAGUAAAAAUAAAACAGAGCAACUUCAAAUGCUAUUAUCAAAAUUUGAAUCCAACAACACUGUUCAAAAGAUGACACUAUUUUAUAGUGAACUAACAUCAGAGGCCUAUCUUGCACUUAUUUCUUGUUUGGAAAAGGUUGUCCUUGAACAAGAGUUUCUUGAAGAUACUUUUCAUCACAUCAAACACACUCAUAAAUAUAGGUUAAGAAGAACUUUAAACGGCCUUCAACAUUCUUUAAAUGAUGAUUUCAGUCCAUCAGAUGUUUCAAGUCAUCUUCCUGAUUUUUUAGACCAAAUCAUGGAAAGCUGUUCAUUAUAUGAAGUUACUGCAUCUGAUUUUCUAACAAUGAUGGAACUCUGUAAAGAAGUAAAAAAGAAGAAACAGGCAGUGAAACGUGCGAUUGUGGAUCUUGAUUCCUUCUCUAUUGGAACCCUACAAUCUCCAUCUUAUUCCAACAAAUCGGAUAAAGUUGUCUCUGAAUUUGAUCUUGAAAACGCAGUCUUGUUGCAUGAAUUAACAAGUGUAAAGGAAGAGCUUGUCAAUCUUAAAUGUGAAUAUCAAAAAGCAAACCAGAGUCUUCAUGAAUCCAGUUUGGAUCUGAAACCAAAAUCGAUCAAAAGUAGGACAUCUUCAGCAGCUUCAUAUAAUUGCGUUUGGACUGAUUCUGCAAAAUCUAUGAAUGAGGCUGAAGCCGAUGCUGAAAUGAAUAAAAAGCCUGCUUUUUUAUCUCUGGCUGAUCUCAGAAUUAGUACUAUGGCAGAGUCAGAACUUGGCACAGAGUUAUCAGAAGCAUUAAAAAGGGAGCAACGAUUAAAGAAGGAGAAUGAUAGACUGGCUUUUAGUUUACAGCAAAUUCAACAAAACAGUGAAAACAGACAUAUCAAGUCGUCUCAAGUUAUGUCAAGUCUCAAGGAUUCAUAUAGUACUUUGUUGGAAAACAGCAAAAAGGAAAAAUUAAAACACAGGACCAGAGUACAAGAACUUGAGAAAGUACUUGCAAUAUCAGAUGCAAAGCAUUUAAUACAGAUACAAGAGCUGAAACGGAAAGUUUUAUUUUAUGAACGAGAAAGAGAAAAUACCGUUUUACCUGAAAAUGAAACUGCACUUUAGUACUAUAAUUUUCCAUGACCUUCAAUGUUUCACCAUGACUGCUACAUUUCUUAUAUAUAAACAAUAUAUAUAGCCAUCCAUAUUAUAUGAAUUUUCAUGACAAAUUUUUCACAUUUUCACAUAUUACAAUACUGCAUUUUUUUAUAGCAACUGUAUGUUUAUGUUGAUAUUUAUCUCACAUUGUGCAAAAUAUUUCGAAAUAUUAAAAAGUUUUAAGCACUUAUGUAAAUUUCCAUGACCUAUUUUAUCGCAUGACUGAUUUGACCGUUUUCCUUUUUCAUUUUAUUAUUCUCCCAUACGGCUACUUACUACUGAACCUUACUCAAGUGAUGUGGUGGCCUCAUACUGACUUUCAAUUAUCCAUUUUUUCCAUUACCUCUUUCAGUUUUAUGUUCCAUGUCCAGUUUAAUAUUACCUUUUAUUUUAUUCUGAAGUUGUUUUUUACAUUUUCUUUUACUGUAUCAUAUUUUAGCGUGAUUCUUGUACAUCUUAAUAUAAUCAAAAGGUGCAUUAGGCAGAUAUACCGAUCUUUCAGAGUAGGGUAAUUACUAGUACAUAUUUUACUUUCACGUUUCCCUUGGUGACGAUUAAAUAACAACAUUAGUUGUUGUUAUAGAUAUUUAUCAGUCAUUCUUAUCUCUGAAACUCCGAAUGGUAACGAUGACUACGUACUGUGUAUUAUAAUGACUAAUCUCAUGCUGUAAUACUCGGUAUCCCAUGAUGCAUCAAAUUCAUAGCAAACUGUUCUCAUGUAGGUUUUUGUGCUGUUUUUUUAUCAGCAUUGUGUAAAUUUUCGGUUGCACUUAGUUCUUGCCUUGCACUGUGUUAAAAUAGAUUUCAAAUAAAGUGUGCUUAAUGUUGACAAA